AUGGCCGGCAAUGACUCCCCCAAACCACAAUUUCUCGCGCCUCCUGCCGUCACUGCUCUCAGACAGGAGGCCCGGAACAUCGAUCCGAAAAUGACUCGAACCUUGAGUGAUGAUAUGCGGGAGGAACGGGAGGACUUGAAGGAGGCCGCAGAACAGACGCUGAACAUCAUUGUGGAUAUGGACCUCGAAGGUCGUAUUAAAUGGGUCAGCCCAUCGUGGAAACAAGUGGUCGGCUCAUCGCCCGAGUCGGUGGAGGGACACAUGAUCUCGGAAAUCCUGCUGGGCAACAAGGAUGUGUUCCGGGAUUCGAUUGAAUCCAUGAAACAGGAUGAUUCGCGAAGUCGUUUCAUUCGCUUCGCGGUGCAGAUGGGUCCGGAUUCCGUCCUGAAAUAUGCACCCGAACCGUCACUGGUUGCGAAGAAGGAAAUGAGUAUAACGGACACAGAAGAGAUGGAGGGUUUCCUGCCCGAAGAGGAGCAGAAUCACAAUGUGCUCAAUAUGGAGGGACAGGGAAUUAUGGUCUAUGAUCGGACAGACGAUGAAGCCGGCCAUACUAUGUGGAUGUUACGACCAUUGACGGAGCCACGAGAAGUAACAAUCGAUCUACCGCCGCUGCUCGUUGAGUCUUUGGGAGUGGGAGCGGAGGUACUGGCAAACUACCUGACUGAAUUAGCGGACGCAGCAGCAACCGAACCCGAUCCUUGCAAGCAUCCUGCACCAACGCCUGUCCUCUGUCGCAUUUGUGAGCGCCAGAUCACACCGUGGUGGUUUGAGAAGCAUUCCGAUCUAUGUUUGCAGGAACAUCGGGCGGAGAUGGAUGUUCAACUGGCACAGGAGAACCUGAAUGAGCAUCGACAUGUCAUUGUCAAGGUGUUGGAUGCGCUGGAAGCCCGUCAAGGCAGGCCCUUGAUCGGCGGUGAUGGCAACCCGACACCUCUCCCUCAAGCAGAAUACAGAGGACUGUCCAUCGGUCCCUCACCUACCAGUUCUGCUCCGUCAUCUGGCGGUGUUUCCAGUAGUAACUCAGCACCUGGUACACCACCCCGAUCGCGAGACCACUCUGCCUCUGGUGUUAUGCCCAAUCGACCCCGUUCUUUCACUGUGCGGAGACCACUGGCUCGUAUUGUGGAACUUGUGCUUGACUUGUGUGAUACUUCUCUGGAGAUCAGUAUGCCGAUGAUUAAGGAAUCUGCUCGGACUGAUGGAGAGGACUUCCGGACAUUGUCUCCACAGUCUGAAUCUCGAAUAUGUCAAGUUUUGCAGUGGCAGUCACCCAGCUCUAAUACGUUGGAGCAAGAGCAGGGUCUGGCUGCACUGGCCGCGGACACCGAGCAGGUUGCCAAGGCAAAAGUUGAUGCUGUUGUGCGUCAUCGCAAGAUUGUUGAGUAUGCCGAGCGUAUUCGCAUUGAAUACACAGUGUUGGUCGAAGAAUGCAUUGCAGCAGCACUCAGCAAAGCAGAACGCAUAGCCUCUGGCCAACUUAGUGAUUCUUCAUGCUCUUCCGACGAAGAAGUCCCAUCUGAGAAUUUCGCUGGCAGUCAUGUUGCCCCCGAUGAUAUUGGAAGCUUAGAUGAAGAAUCCUUGACUCAAUCCAUUAGCCAGGAUUUGCAACAACAAGUGCAGCCACAGCCAGCAGCGCCCUCGCCGCGGCGGCCGGCAUCUGCUUUGACCAUGUCGAUGCGAAAUUCCCCCGACCGGUCAUUGCUUUCACAGCAAGAACGAAGGUCAUCUUCGGUGGCAGUCUCGACGGGUUCCAACAGUCCCAUGGAAUGCCCCACUCCAAGAUCCCACAAGAGCGCGGCAGGUCUGCUGGGUACAUCCCAGCCCUAUCGAGUGGGUCUUUCUCUCGCAGAUAUUGACGCUGGAGAUAGUAGUGAUAGCAGUCUGCCGUCUUCGGCCUUCCCGGGAGCUGUGCGGACAGAUUCGCCUUCUUCCGAGAGAAGCUUUGAUCGAAAGCGGAGAAGCCUGGUACUUCCUGGGCUAUCAGGCUCUCCUCGUCGACAACCUUCUCCUGCUCGGGUUUCUGGUCCGCAUUCCCCAUUGCGCAUGCCAAAACCUCGCAUAUCAAGCGGCGCUGACAGCCUACCAUCACCAAUAGUAUCCCCCUCUACAUACGCAAGUGAGUUGGCGCAUCACUAUCGUCAUCACCGAAGGCAGUCAUCCGCCACGUCUUCCGAUGUUGCGAAACCACCGCCGUCCCCACGUCUCUCCUCAGUAAGCCAACAGCCUCGACCAGCACCAUUAUCUAUCAAGGACUUCGAGAUCAUCAAGCCAAUCAGCAAAGGUGCUUUUGGUAGUGUUUAUUUGGUCAAAAAGAAAGCUACCGGCGAAUACUAUGCCAUGAAGGUUUUGAAGAAAGCCGACAUGAUCGCUAAAAACCAGGUCACCAAUGUGAAAGCUGAACGAGCCAUCAUGAUGUGGCAGGGCGAGAGUGACUUUGUUGCAAAGCUCUACUGGACUUUCUCCAGCAAAGACUAUCUCUACCUGGUGAUGGAGUAUCUCAACGGAGGUGACUGUUCCUCGCUUGUCAAGGUUCUUGGUGGCCUUCCUGAAGAUUGGGCUAAAAAGUACAUUGGCGAGGUUGUUCUUGGAGUUGAACACCUUCAUAGCCGAGGAAUUGUACACCGUGAUCUAAAGCCUGAUAACCUUCUGAUCGACCAAACUGGCCAUUUGAAACUGACCGACUUUGGAUUGUCACGAAUGGGUUUAGUUGGACGACAGAAGCGUGUGUUAAAGAGCCCGGACGAGGCCGCCCCUGAUCUGUUGAAGCAAGGAUCUUUCCCCCGUGCGAUAUCAAUCGCAUCUUCACGGUCGGCUUCAUUCGAUUUUCAGGCCAGCUCAUCGCCAGGAUCAACUCCUCUGAUCACCCCAGAAGUGAGUAUCAACGCUAGUCAGCCAUCUUACUUCAACCUCAACCAGAGUGGUUUGAGUCGGCAGAGCUCCCGUCGCGCCUCGGGAUACCGCAGUGACAGUAUGGGCAGCGAUGGCCUCAAUGGAAUCUUUCGAACUUUCUCCCUCAAUGACAACGCCAAUGAACCAUCUGUGUCGUCACCGAGCAUGUUUUCCACUAGCAUGGUCGAAGAGGAAGGGCAAAGUGAGCCAGGCGAGUCUCCUCGUCUCCAGCCCCUUCAGCCAACCUUCAGCAACCCGCUUGCGCAGAACACACCCCCCCAACAAAGCAUGCUACCCCCAGUCAUGGCACUCUUCGAUCCAGAAGACCAUGAUAGACGCUUCGUUGGUACCCCUGACUAUCUGGCCCCAGAAACCAUCAAUGGUGUUGGACAAGAUGAAAUUAGUGACUGGUGGUCCCUAGGAUGCAUCAUGUUCGAAUUCAUCUUUGGUUAUCCGCCUUUCAACGCGGCGACUCCCGAUGAAGUUUUUGAAAACAUUCUUCACCGGAGGAUCAAUUGGCCAGAUGAUCCGGAGGACUACGCCUCGGCAGAGUCGUUGGAUCUGAUGAACAAACUAUUGACUAUCAACCCUCGCGAGCGUAUUGGAGCCAAUGCCGAAGAGAAAUUCCCCAACGGCGGAGUUGAGAUUCGCAGUCAUCCAUGGCUGGCUGAGAUCAAUUGGGAUACGUUGCUUGAAGACAAGGCUCAGUUUGUUCCCAACAUUGAAAACCCCGAGGAUACUGAAUAUUUCGAUGCUCGCGGUGCCACCCUCCAGAGCUUCGCAGAAGAAUUGGAAGACGAACACUCGCCCCAGCCACCAGCCGCCACUGGCCCCGAUCGCCCUCAUGAUGCACUGUUCAAAGUUCGAUCGCAGGUGAACUCAACCAAGCGGCCGUUGAUGCCACUCCAUAUUCCCCCCCACGUUCGUGAUGCUCGUGAUUCGCGAAGCCGGAGAUUGAGUGAACCGGCUCUGGCUGAUGACUUUGGCAGCUUCAACUUCAAGAAUCUGCCGAUGCUGGAGAAAGCGAACAAGGAUGUCAUUCAGAAGAUGCGCCAAGAAGCUAUGCAAGCACAGCACCGACAACCAAAUCCGUCCACUGUUCAGACGCCCAGCAGCUCCUCACAGCCCUCAUUGGAAGGGAGCCCGCUUCCCAUGUCACUUCAACGAACCUUGUCACAAAACAAAGGCAACAACCGGCCAUCUUCUCCGUCGGGACUGAGCCAAUCCAACUCAUCUCCAAGCAGACCCUCGCAGCCUUCGUCCCCCCUCCUUGUUCAAUUCAGUACUGGGACAACCCAAGAACGACGCAAGACUUCUGGAUCCUCUUCAACCACGUCUCAUCAAUCUAGUGGGACUUUCCAGCCUUCUUCGGCUGAGCAGGGACGUAUGCCAAACCUCAGACUUGGUUCUGUAGCUUCGUCUCCAGUGAAAGCCAGUCGGAUUCCCGCCCACUCUCCUGAGAAGACGCCCAACAACCAACGACAUGGCAGCGUCCCAGCGAGCCGUGCUCGCUCACACACCAUUGGAUCUCAAGAUGGGGACAUGUCUUCGUUCCCCAAGGAGACCUUUGUGCCUACCCACCAUAAACGCCGCAGUCAGUUGUUUGACAUCUCGCCGUCCUCCUCUGACAAUGAGGACCCUCGCACAAAAGCACUCCUCAAGGUGCAACGCCGUCGACAAAGCUCUAGGCGGUUGUCUCAGAUCAACAUUCAAGAAGGGCCAUUCUUCCGCCCGUUGGAUGUGCUUAUUUGUGAAGAUCAUCCUGUCUCGCGAUUGGUCAUGGAACGGCUGUUUGAAAAGCUUCGCUGUCGCACCAUUACUGUCACGAACGGGGCAGAGGCAGUCAGAUACGCCCUGAGUGAGGUUCAGUUUGAUAUCAUCAUGACUGAAUUCAGAUUGCCUCAAGUUAACGGUGUUGACUUCGCCCGGAUGGUGCGGGAGACAAGAAGUGCCAAUCGACACACUCCAAUCAUUGCGGUUACUGGCUACUUGAAAGACCUCCCCGAGAAUCACAACUUUGAUGCACUGAUGCAGAAGCCCCCGACAUUGCCCAAACUGACUGAAGCUUUGUCAAAAUGGUGCAUGUGGAAGCCUGUCUCUACUGACUACAAUUCUUCCCAACCUGUCACAGUCCCAGGCUCAGGUGGUCGUUCUGGUGCCCAUACAACUGCGGAUAGCCCGAGCUCGGUAUCCUCUGGGUUCGUUUUGAAUCCGCCAAGCUCAUACCGAGGAUCUAGCCGCGACGAUUCAAUGAGCAGCAGCGUCUUUGGUGACAUGGAAUCCGUCAAAUCAGACGAAGUUCCAGUUAUCAUCAGUCGCAACACUGAGGAUUGGGAUCAAACUCACGGUGGCUUGGGUAUCUCGGAUGACCAGCACCCUGGUAGCCCAGAUCCGAAGACUAUACCUCUACCUCAUCUCCUUCACGCUGCCACUGCACCAGCUGCCAUGGAUGCAAAUGGUGGUCUGACGCCUAGGAAACAACGCUCAAGUGAAUCUAUCCGUGCGAAACGGGAGUCUCUGGAGAAAAAGCGAUAUGAAGGUGCUGAAUCGGGCGACGAUGAGGAUGAAGAGCUUGGCAAUUCCCAAACACGCCGCAGCCCACCAUCUCGAAACCGCCGCCCUGGCUCCAAGCUGGGCAUAGAAAUGAUGCGAACCAACAGUCGUGGCAGUGUUGUCAGUGGCAGCGAAGAACUGCUAAAAAAAGAAAGGGAAGCUCUUCGGAACCAGGGUGACUCAGGUUACAAUGAAGAGAGCGAUGGAUCUUUGGGAUCGCCUGCUAGUACGAGUUUGGAGGAUCGCUUUGAGGGUCUCAGCAUCCCCGAAGAAUCGGAAGGAGACGAAUCAAUUGAUCCCAAAGACUCUCCAUCUCCUUCAGUCCCCGGUCCCUCCGCCUCUCAGCAUCGCCGACCCUCAUUGGCGCACCACGAUACCUCGAUCUACUCUGGAUCUCCUGCAUCCAAGACCAGCAAGGGCCAUACUACACCCCCAUGGGAAUUGACUCAGCCAACGUCCCGUGCCUCUGGUCCACCAAUUACCCCCGAAGUCAAGAUCUCUGGCCUGGCAUUCGACUCCGGCUCUGGUCCAGACACAGACUGCAGUCCUACUCCUGACUCGGAAGCGACCCCACGACCUCUUCAUCCCUCCCCGAGCCUGGAUCCCGAGCAUACUCCUCGGCCGAGCGAGCGACACCGAUCGGAUUUGAGCUCCGUAUUCAAACGAUAA